AUGUCACGACAUCGGUUCGUUGAGCACAUGAUGGCGUCGCUUGAGACACCUUUGAGGACGGGAGAGAUUUCUCCUCGGUUUGAUAAACUUUUAAAAGAUGUUGUCGAUGAUCUGAGCCCAGAAGAACUUAAAUAUGCUGUAUCGUCUAUCAAAACGAAUUUUGAGAAAGGAAAGUUCGCGGAUAAAGGAGAUCAGGAUUUAUAUUCGUGCCUGCAUCUUUUUGCAAAUCAGGGUCUUGUGUCGGAGGACAAUUUGACUUUGUUGGAGAAGUUUGUGGUAACUCCACAAACAUCUAAGAAGGAAGGAAUUGAGGCAAAGAUUAGAGGUUUCAAGGCAAUCCGCUUGCAAGAGAUUGAAGAACCAACGGCAGCGACAAGAAAGGAAUUAACCGGGAGACACAGCGACUUAGAAAAUGUUAUGUCGAAGUUAAAAACUGGUGGAUCAAGCGUCUUGAACCUGUAUGGAUCAAGCGGUGUCGGAAAAACGAGACUUGCGACUGAAGUUGUAUCUCAGUGGCAAGGAACAAUGAAAUUCAUAGUGGACUUGAGAGAAGUCGAGAGGAUGGAGGACGUUCACUUCCAAGUUUUGCAGGCAUUGAUGAUCGGAUCAAAGGAGACAACAACUGUGAGCUAUGAAGCGAAUCCUGUUAUUUUUAAAAUGCGGCAGUUGAGGCAACGGGGACAAGGGAACAUAUUGCUGCUUCUAGACAACGUUGAUCAAUUUUCGGGUGGAAGCAGCAAGGCUGCCGCUAACCUGAAUGAUGAUUUUGUCCUUUUUCUCCAACGACUUAUCGAUGUUAAAACUGGCCAAGAGAAAUCUUCACUGAAGAUUCUUUUAACGUCUAGGAGUGCAUUUCGUCACGGUGUGAAUAAUUACGAAGUGAAAAGUUUAGAAAAAGUCUCUUCAGGGGAGCUCCUUCAAAGGCAAGGGACGCCUGCUUUUCACGGCAGCCAAAGAGAAAGACUAGUCGAGAUGUGCAGAGGAAAGCCACUUUUGCUUAAUGGAAUGGCAUCAAUCUUAAGACAAGAGAUAGCUGAUGCUGAAAGGCUUCUUGGAACCAUUGAACAGGAGUUAGAGGUGGAGCCGUCCCAAGAGGCUGGAGAUGAAGAGGCUGAGGAGAAAGAAACGUUUGAUGCUAAAGAAGAAGGUAUCGAUGAGGAACAGCUGUCAUGUUUGAGAAAAAUGUUCUUUUUCCUUCCAAGUAAAACACUUAAAGAGUCUGCCGUUUCAGUGUCACUCUUCUGUCGCCCAUUUUCAUUGGAAGCAGCCUCUAAGAUACUUAGUGUAAACGUUUCGGAAGCUGCAAUAAGAAUGGAAGCAAUGCGUAACAGUCAGGUGGUGUCUGUUGUGCCCGAGGCAAAAGAGCUGUUGUAUGAUUUACACCCUUUGAUGCGAAAGUUCCUUAAAAGCAUUGGUAAUAGCAAGGCUUUCGUGGAUACUUUCCAGAAAGCAAAAGACAACUUUUGCAGUCACUUCAUUUCUCAGUUGACGACAAUUGCAGCCCUUUUGGACAAGGAGUACGUUAAAGCUUAUGACAGCUAUGAUUUUGAAAAACUCAAUUUUGAACUUGCCUUGGACAUUUCUUUAAAGUCCAGCUACCUUCUAAUUCCAACACAACUUCAAGAAAGCGUUAUGAUUUGUUAUUUAUUGGAAGCCAUGCUCAAUGAUCAAAAGCAAAGAAGAAAGAUUUUUCAUGCCUGGGCGGAGAAGGUCGAGGAGGAUGGAAAAGAAGGUGAGGAUAAGUUCCUCUUAUAGCCUGAGAAAACAAUCAUUAAUUUGUCGAUGCCCAUAACUCCUUAACUCUUAAGCUCCCAAAAGUGACCAACAUGAAUUUUCUCGUAACAACGUCAGCAGAUCAUCAAUAGUAAAGGUUAUGGGAAUUGCUAAAUUGAUUCCCAAAGGGAUAACGUUUUGAUCUUAAACCAAAUUCUCCCAGCUAAUCUUAAAUAAAAUGUAUGGAGGUCAGUCUGGAGAAUUUGUAUGUGGAUCUUUGGUCUUAAAGGGUUAAGUUGAGCAUUGACCCAGAUUCUUUUCUUCAGUAUUCGGAUAAAAAUGUUAUGUUCAUUGUUCUGCUCUCUAUUUUUCUCGGCAGGUUCCAUGUUUCGAGCAGAAAUGCGCUGCUGGGAAACUUUGCAGGUGCUUAAUCUUGAAGGAUGGCGUAAGGCUGCAAACGUUGUUCAAGAGGCCAGGGAGUUGCUGAAGAGGGUACAGAGAGAGAGCAAAAAGACUGAGCUUUUCAAGCUUGCGAAAAGCUCUUGUCUGUUUGUUGAAGGCGAAGUCUUCAACAGAGCAGGAAAUUGGCUAAAAGCACUUAAAAGUUUGAGGCGUUCCCUGGAAAUAAUGGAAGACCAAUUGAAAAAUCACACAAGCACUUGUAGAUGUUUGAAUGCCAUUGGAAAUUGCUACAGCAAUCUGGAAAAACCGGAGGAAGCGAUCAAGUUUUACACAAGAGCGUACGAAAUGCGUCAAAAGCUUUCUGGUUCAAGGGAGCACUUUGACUUGCCUCUGUUUAGAAGUCAAAUUGGAACAGCUUAUGAAUCUAUGGCCAUUCAAGAGUAUAAAAAACACAGAAUGACGCCCAAGGCAAAAAUGAAUUUUCGCAAGGCGAUAGAAUACUAUCAGGAGGCUUUAGAUCUUGCCAAAGAUCUCAAACUCACUGGGAUUAUAAACACAGCACUUUAUAACAGAAACAUUGCUAACGCUCACUCAUGGCUUAUGGAGUAUGAAAAGGCGAAGCCGUUUGCUUAUAACGGGUACCAAAUUCGGAAAGAUAUCCUUGGGAAACAUCCAUUGACUGCGCGUAGCACUUUUCAGAUGGCAGAAAAUUCCCGAAGUCGUGAGGAUUAUGAUGAAGCUGAAGAAUACUACGCAGAAGCAUGGGAGAUUGAGAAAUCCCUGGGACAAGGGAACCACAGUGAAGUACGGGACAGAAUUAUUAAAAGCUACGAGGAUAUCCUUCCCAAAGGGAGAAAGAGGGCAUUUCAGAAGGAAGUCUUGGAGUUUUAUCAAAGAUCCUGGGACGAAGAGAAAAGUUUUGAAGGGUUUCAGUUCUCUCAGGACAACAUGAAGAUCAUCGAUGCUAUAAAUGAACGACUUGGGGAGGAGGCUGAUGUCAAAACAACGAGAAAGUAUCAAAGCGAAGCUCUUUGGUUUUACGAAGGAGCGUGGAAUUCCCCCGACACCAAGAGGUUACCUUACGCGCAGAGAGAGCACAUCUUACAAACUUUGUUAAGGUUGUGUAAGGUAACUAAAAAUAAAGACCUUUUUGAGAAAUAUCAAAAGGAAGCAUUCAGAAUCUACGAGAGAAGGUGGAAAAAGAACAGUUCAGAGUUGGCAAAACAAGACAAAAUCGAUUUGCUUACUACACUACAGGAUCUGGCUUCUUUACUUGGAUAUGAAAGGAAGGCCAAAAUGUAUAACACCCAGCUUGAGGUAAGACAGGCAACAUUAGCAUAAGUAAGAGUAAACACUCGUUUUUGUCAUUCAGGAAAAAUCGAACUAGUGGAACUGAAGGAAGUGUUCUAACUGAAUGUGUUCUUAUUUUCAAUUAACACAAAUAGGAAGCCAAGCGGGGGAAAUCUAUUUCCUGGCGUUCUUUUCUGAAUCUGUUUGCAGGAGCAGGUAUGUAUAAUAAUGAUAUAGCAACAGUAAUUAUUAAUUUUUAUUAUAAUAUCACAAACACUACUUUCUUUAAGUUCAUUUACUAAAAGAAGGUCUCGCAACUGUAAAUGAAUUUACUGAAAGAUAGUUAACUAAGGCCAGGCAAACGCCGAUUUUCACACGUAACGAAGCUAAUGCUAAUGCGCGAAAUUGUUUGAAUCAGUGAAUUUCGACGUUUGACUCUGGCGUAAGAAAUCAGUUCACCUCAUCACAAUGCGCGUACACCUCUUGUCAAAUACAAUAAGUAACAAAGAUCUCGACUGCAAGAUUUGUUAACAGUUUCGGCACUACGUGUAACUAAAACUUACAAUUUGAUUCCCGAAAUUGACUGCCGGAUAUUUUAUUGCAUAUGCUCUUCCAUCGCCAAGCUGCUGAUCAACAAAUUCUAUCUACUUCCUCUUCUUAACUAGAAAUUACCUUUGAUAUAGGCAACAAGCAUUCUACUUGUUUUCAAUAGAGAAGUCUCCUGACAAUGAUGACGAUGAUGAUGACGACUACGAUAGCAGUAAUGAUGACAAUGACAGUGUAGAUGAUGAUUUUAAUGAAAACGACGAUAGUGGCAACGAUGAUGGUGGCGGUGGUGGUGGCGAUGAUGGUGGCGAUGAUGUUGGUGACGAUGGUGGCGAGGAUGACGCUGAUAAUGAUGAUGGAGAUGAAAAUGACAAUAACAUGGACAUUACUGGAGAUGAUGAGAUUACAGAAGAAGACGAAUUGCCACAACAAAUUCAUGGACUUAACCUAGAGGGACAAAUGGAGGACUUUGAUGAAUCAGACUUAGAAAAAGUUAACAUACACGAGUAUGUAUACUAAUGUUCCUUUAGACCACUGUAAGAGCACACUGACAUUAAGAACCCUCCACUCUGACUAAUCAUGCCAUUCAUUUUGCCUCAAGAGUUAUCUUAGUCUGCUACACAGCCGUUUUUAGUGUCGUCACGCAACGCUUCUGGGGAGGAGCGUUGCGUGACGACACUAAAAACGGCUGUGUAGCAGACUAGAGUUGUCUCUCAGGGAAAUGGGAUUUUGUGUGAGGGUAUACACAGAUAAGGAACAGUAUAAGAGUACAAUCAGUAAUCCCGUAGCAAUUCAUCUUCCUAUGGCAAGACUUUUCUUUUUACCAUCUUUAAGCAAGCAAGCUCGUUAGUUUCUGUGUUGCUGAAAAUAAAAGGUCAAAGUUACAUGAUAGGGUCAUACCUGGCUGAUAAUGCCCAACUAAGCUUAACUUGGCAAAACGACCUUAUUAACUGUUUAGAAAAAGUGAGGGAAGUUUUCUUUUAACCCGUUUGAGCGUUUGGGGAACUUUUUAUGCAAAAGGACAAUGAGGUCCGCUAAUUGAUGGAUUGUUUGACGAUUGAUUGAUUGCAGAGGAACGCUUACUAGUGAAGGUGCCCACUGGGUCCUCAAACGAGGGGGCGCCCACAUUUUCUUCCCUCCUAACGCCGUGUCUGAGCCCACACCAAUAGUGGUCCACAGUUGGAAAUGCAGUGCACGUUCUCCCCAACUGCAAGAGCACGAGUCAGUUGUCAGCAAUGUUCUUGAGAUUUCGCCCAUCACGGGUGAUGAACUGGAAUUCAAUGCUGAAGCGAAGCUGGUUCUCUCUCACAGUGCGCCUGGUUUAAAGGGCUACGAACUGGUGAUAAAGAGGAUGAUCGACUGGGAAAGCAAUGAAUGGGAAGAAGUGGAUGGAACUGAGGACUUACGGAGCUGGGAAGGUUUACAGACAUUUGCUCUUUGAAUAGUAGCGUGAAAAAACAGCCGACAUUUUCCCCGGGAAAUGACGUCUGAGGAACGACUGCAGAAAUUCCAUACUGAUGACGUCUCACACCCAUCUGGGUAGUUCUUCUAAUUGGUUGUGCCGUGAGGGAACUUUGCUUCAACCAAUCAGAAGCACUACCCUGAUCCGGGUAGUGACAGGUCAUCUGUAAUAAUGAGAAUUUCUGCAGUCGUUCCUCAGACGUCAUUUCGCGGGGAAACCGGUUGUGGCGUCGCGAAUUGUCGGCUUUUUGCUCAGGAUAUGAACAGUCAGUCAUCCCAUUGCUUUUCUUUUUGUGUAAGCUUGCCUAGUGCCUAGGCCUCAUUAUUCUGCGCGGCCAAUGCGUUUCGGGUCACGUGGUCCAAGCGAGUUUUUUUCUCCCGGCCGUUCGUCUCGUCACCAAAAUGCAUCGACCGCGAAGGCCUGUGAAGACGCCGUAUAGGGACUAGGCGAUGUGUAAGCUAAAUACCGUCUUUAUAUGUCAUAAUCAUGAAAAUUGGUGUUUGGCUUCGUCGUGUUAGCCUUCAUUAUUUGCUUUGACUCACACCUAAGAUGCCGCUAAGAUAGCAUGGGUUUUGACCAUGAUCUUUAUUCAAGAAAAUGUUCGUCCAACAAUGAUUUAAAGAGUGCCAACUUGUCGUACUUUAUUCUUUAACAAGGAAGGCCAUUUCAGUUAACACUCAACACCUCAUUUGGUCCCGGCAGGUAAAACGAUAAUAGCUCGUAAUGUUUACACAGAGACGUUUACGAAAAGCGUUUGCCUUUUAGAAGCAUGCAAAUGCCGCUCUACACUAAGCGAAGAAAACAUCUAUAAGGAUAGGACUCGGAUUCAGUUUCAGUUUUCAGUUUAUUGUUUUGCCAAAAGUUUUAAAAAAGCAAGAAAAACUAAUUAUUUAAACUCUCAUGGCAAGGAAGCCCAAGAGAAGCCACCGGGCUUAUAAGGAAUGGGCUCCCUCAGUUAAAUAAUUAGAACAAAAUAUUAUCAUAAUUACACAUGGAAAAUCAAUGGCAGAGCUACAGUAAAUCUUUAAAUAUAUUAGAUACUACUAAUACGUAGUACUAAUAAUAGUUGGGCUAAAAAAUAGCGAAAUGACAGGAAAAAAAUGAAAAUGAAACGCAAAGGCAGCAAAAGCAAAAGGAAGCGGUACUUGUUGCAUUUCGAUCGAAUUUCAAAACUAUGAGAGUUAAAAAAUGUAGGACCUUGGAAACUGAUGGAGGAUUUUCUUAUUUUAGCCCUUCAUUGUGGUAAUUGAAAAAGCUCCGAACUUUUAGUGCCAUAAGAAUGCACCUGGCGUGUCACCAAAAACUUAUUAUUAAAGCUAUAAGGAAGUAAGCCAGAUCUGUAUUGAUAAAUAAAUUUUCCUCUUUGAAGUUUGUAGAUACUCUCAAAAUUCAGAAUUUUUAAAUUUCAGUCAGUGUGAGCAUCGAAAGCACUUCACCACAUUAUUCUUACAACCCGUUUUUGAAGUGUGAUUAAUCUUCUGAGGUUUGAUGGGUACCGUAAAAUUCCGAAAAUAAGCCCCGGGGCUUAUAUUUUUCAAAAGCCCCUUUUGAGGGGCUUAUUUUUGGAGGGUCUUAUAUUCGGAGGAGCUUAUCUACAAAGGGAAAUUUGCGUUUCAAACUCGACUGAGAUAGCCUUAUAGUUGGAGGGAAAUUUCCCGUUUUUGCUUCGUUUUACUUUCUAUUUGAGUGCAAUUUUCCAAGUACAAGCCCCCCCCCCGGGGGGGGGGCGGGCUUUUAUUUGGAGAGGCGAUUUAACGGAGGGUAUUUUGUGUUACCGGACUGGGGGGCUUAUAUUAGGAGGGGCUUAUACAUGGAGGGGCUUGAUUUCGGAAUUUUACGGUAGGUCGAUGCCCAGACGCUCACGCAGUAGAAUACGUAUGGGUCAUAAGGCCAUAAUAGAUAGAUUUGAUUAGACAUCUUGAAAGAAACUAUUUAUUGCAUUUGACACUGAUCGCAUUAAGUUGUGAAAACGACCUGUAAGGUUUUUAUCAUUGAUUUAGUAGUAAUGAUGAUAAUGAUAAUAAUAAACACUAGCACUGUAUUUAUAUUUCGCUGUUUUUCAUAUAUCUUGUUUACAGACAUCGAAGAUGACUUCCCCUAUCAACAAGGCACCCCAGACUUUUUCUUUCCCGUUGCUCAGGCUGAAAUAACUGAAUGCUCAACAUAUGCAGUUGUUUGUCGUCUCAAGUCUUCUCCGAUUUACACCAUCACACCUAAUGGCGGUUUAUUCAGUCACCCUGACUAUCCUGGUGUGAGUAUUAACGUCCCGAAAAAGGCUGUUCGACCAAAAGCAAAGUUUCCUUUGGAAUUGAAGGUAGGCACGUCAGUCAGUUGAAUAAUCUCUCUCCUGUUUUGUAUCAUUUUCGUGCAAGGAUGAUAGGCAGACAGAUGCGUGAAGCUAAUGUAGUGGUACAGUUAAGCUGUUUUCGCCGCCACUAGUGAGACUUGUUUCUAAGAAAACUUCAGGACAUCUAAUCUCGCCAUAGAGUGAAAAUCAGGCUACCUAAAAAAUACUGAGGCACCUUUACGGCGUCAAUGGCACAUAACGAUAAAAUGCUACUUGUUUUCCUUGGCGAGAUAUGGCCUAAGAGAAAUCUAAGUUGUCAAAUCUCAAACAAAAUAUUAGCGAUAUGAAUCAGACGUCACACUUGCGAUUUGAGUUUUUGUAGUUCUGUCGUUUAUUCUUCUAGGUACAUGAAGUUCCAGCUGAAGAAUUUGAAGGGCAGGACCUGUUUCUUGGCCCAGUGUUGCGUAUAACCUGCCCCCAACUCGUCGAGUUCUUGAAGCCGGUCACAAUUCAGUUGCCAGUAUCGCUACAAAGCGACCAGGAAGGAACUCCUGACCUCUCGACAUGCCGUGUCAGAGUAUUGUUCUUAAAAUCUGAUGGCGAAGAUAAAGAAUGGAUGGAAAUUACUGAUGAUCUUAGAAGUCCUGUAAAUUUUGACGGGACAUUUGUAAGGUUCCAGGUUGAACGCUUCUCUGGGUAAGGAGACAUCCUUAUGUUGUUUGAACUUUUAACAAUUUUAACAAUUUAUUAAUUAAUAACAAUCAUUCUCUCUUGCAAUUUAUUAAAAAUAAAUUGGAGGUAAACUGAACUUUUGGUUAUGCUAAUGAAAGUUAGGAUGCAUUAAAACUGCUGAAAUUACUAAUCCCAUUUUAACAUCGGUCGAUUUACGACAAGCUUAUGCAUCUAUCAGUGUUAAUCUGGAGCGGGGAGAGGCCGGGCAAAGGCCGGGGAUUUGAUCUUGAAGCAUUUUUUUUAGGUCAAAUGCCCUACCAUAGGGACAUUAUAUUUGUUCAAAAGAGAACAGAAGACAGAAGUACAAGAGAAUGAAAAUAUCUUUGUAAACUUUAUGCAGCAUGUAUCGUUUUCUAUUUUCAUUAGUACCAAAUAUAACUACCCGAUGCACGUUAGGUUCCUGGUAGAGUUUUUCAUAACCUUUCAGGUUCUCGUUUGGCAGAAACUCUUCUUCUUUCUUCUUAGGGUCAUCACUAACAAUAUUAACAAAACGAAGUGCAAAACAUUACCUGUAACUGAAGCUGUACUUUAGUCCAUUUAAGCUAUAAAUAGACAUUUCGUCGGCUGUGAAAAAGAUACCCAGAGAUCCUUGCGGGAACAAUGGCCUCCAUCUUUGAUUGGUUACUAAUCCCCAUGGUCCAGAUCAUAAUGUUUAAUUUUGCUAAUUACUCGCCCUCAAUCGCUAUGGAACUAAGUAACCAAAGAAAUUACAUGUAAAUGACAAAGUCAGGGAUUCGAGACAAACAAAUAUGUCUCCUGAGCAUUGUUUUUGAAGUUGCAAACACCAGAGAUCAACUUUGAAAAACUGUUAGGCUGAACAGUUUUCAAAAACCCUAAUUUCAAUCCGUUUCAAUCUUCUUCCGUUUUGCCCAUCUGUGGUAUCUGUUGUAUCUGUUGUGUUAUUUUGACCUUCCUUUAAUGUUUUACGCGGUUAUUUUUAUGUUUCGCUUGGAUUUAACGGGUAUUUAGUUUUGUAAGACCUGAUUUGGCUGAAUUUCGUGACACAGCUCUUUUAAGUCAACUGAUUAACCGCCUUCAAAUAUCCCCAUAAUUCCAAAGUGUUGUUCAAGUAAUGGAGACAUCAGUUUACGUCUUUUACUGCGUUCUUUAAUAACACGCGAGUUCUGUAGUAGGAAGAACCUCUCGGAAAACAGAAAUGUACUUUAACGAGUUGUGAUUGGUAGAUUUCGAUCCAUUUUGUGUUUUUGUGUGCUUGAAGGUUCGUUGCUUGUGAUCGUAAAUAUGACUGAGGCAGCGAGAGACGCAAUUGUGAAGCUGGCUUUUAAACUUCAGAGCUCGCCUGUUAUUGAAAUCGCAAGACUUCAAAUUAUUCUGUCUUUAGUAGUUACUCAAAUUUUGCUGGAUGUCUCUCUUUUAGAUACGCUUGCGUUUUUGAAUGGUUCAAAAUGGACUUCAGCGUUUCUGGAGCAAUUACUUACUUGUCAAACCUUAUUUGGAAGCAGCCAUUGCGUGGUGUUUUUUUCUCCUAUUUCAAUGAAUUAGAUCGUGCUAAUUCUCAAGAUGUUCUUCAUCUUAUCUGCUGCCCUGUGCACAUGAGGGAGAGAGUAGUCCAAGAGCUAAAAAACGUGACUUUAAGUGAGGAAUAUUCAAGGAAAAAGUUGAUACCCGGACAUGACAAAGCAUUCGUGUUUGUAUCAGGAGGGAUAUCCCCAGCUGAUAUAGAAAACAUGAAAGAUUUUUAUCUCAUGUAAGUAGGGCGCCCUGCUACACAAGGCAAUUUUUCUUGCGAAUCUUCCCGUGAAAUGAACUUGUCUUGCAACAGUUUUGUUGUAGCAAGCCAUAUAUAUCGUAUCAGGGUGUGUUUUACGAGGAACCUUUUCUUGCGUACUUGUCUGGGAUUGACACAAGAGGAUUGCGACAGAAGUUGCAAGAAAACUUGCCCAGUUUAACAGGGUCUUUAUUGCAUUAUUGUUGUCGCUUAGUAAAUGAAAAUUUUGAAUGCAAGCACAGGAUUUGAAGUGCAAACAUAAUUCAACGUUGCUGACUUGAAAUUGUGUAAAGGUUGUCCAUAAUGGAAACAUGUGAUGUGCUGGUUUUCAAAAUAAUGCUGAAAUCAUCAAUACGCAUAACCAAGUCACGUUCGUCAUCUGAAUUCAUGCACACUUGAUAGAAAAAGAAGAGGCAGCAUUCUGCUAUUUCCAAUUGCCGUUACGCUUUUGGGACCCAUAAGCACCCGCGAAUUUCUACUUAUCUUGAAAGCAUCUGUUGAAAUUAAGCUCAAUUGUACAUCAGUGGGAUUAACUUAUUUAUCUGAUUUUCACAUCCUUUCAGGUUUGAGAGCGAUGACCGGGACAAAAGACAACUGCCAGUUCGUUUGAUAAGUGACCAAGUCUUAUCCCAUGUGGAGUUUCGCAGUAGCCCAGAUCCCAACGCGAACCUAUUGUCUAGAUUAAACUUCAAAUUGUCUUCUAUGAAACUCGAUUCCACGGUGAGUACUGCACACAAAAGCGGAGCGUACCGUAUGCUUGACAGGCCAUUUUCAACUCCAUAUAACACAUCUCCAUUAUCUCUUUGUGCAACGCUGACCACAGUCAGCUAUAGAUCUUUUGUAUCGAAGAGUCCUGAUAAGAAUUAUGCUCUCUGAACUGGGUUUGAGGCAAUCAAUGCAAUUUAAAGGCUAAAUUUGUUUGGGGUGCUAUCAUGUAAGUUUAUCGGUAAAUUCCAACGUGUUUGAUGUUGUUCUCAGGAUCGAUUCAAUCUCUCGGUCUCCAAAUCAAGUCAUUGCUAAAACCGUCCCAUUACACUGUGGUAAAGACGUCAUUGAAUUUCCUAUCCAUAAGAUCACGUAAAAGAAAAGAAUAUUAAGCCGUGUGUCUAUCUUAAAAUUGUUACUCUGUAAGUAAGCUUUCUCUUUCGGGUGGCGAGCGAAGCAAGCCGCGCGUGAACCCGAAGGAAGUCUCCUCUUGGGUGCCGCUCGCGCAUGACUUCUCACGAUAGAGCUUGUUUGCAGGCCAAUAAAAUGGAAAAUAGCUUUUCUGUCACUCAAUGAUGGUGUUCGGUGUCUUUUAUGUCUUGACCUCUCUUCUUCUUUUUCAUUUACUUUGCAGAAAACUCCAGUAGAAUUUUUCGGCGUGCCCCUAGAUGACCAAACGCUACUGGAAGCUGAUCCGAGAUAUGUACUUCUUGCGUGCAAACCGGCAUUUUCACCUAAUGAUACCGCAUGCGAAGAACACUUACAAAACCUCAACAGUGGAUACAGGACACCUAAACAAACACUAAGGAGUUUUUUGGAGUUUGUAGCAGGGUUGGAUCCUGAAAAGCAAGAUGAAUGUUUUAAGGCCAUUGUGUGUGGACUGCAAGAGGCGAGCGAAGAAGGAUUUUCACAUGUCAUUGGACGUCUUCAGGAAGGUAACACUUUUGUAUUUCGGAAAAAAUUAUACUUCUUAUUCUACUUAGAGCUCACCUACACUACCUCUUGACGUGUACUUUUAGUGAACUUUCAUAUUAUAUCAUAAGUGUUUAUGCGAACUUUCAACAGUCAAUUCAGGGAUGACGAAUUUUGUUCAUAGUUUAACGAUAAUAUUAUAACUUACUGGCCAACUUCAAACCGAAAAAUGUGCUUCUGUAAUAGCACACUAGAAGUUUUUUUACUGGUUUUAUUGAUAACAUUAUCACAGAGUUCUGUAAGUGUCAUUACUUGGAAACCUGGACACAAAAUCUUGGUUUUCCAAUGAAGCACCAAUCAGGAUUUUUUUAGCAUCGCCGAAACUAAAGCACAACACCAAAUAAAAAACCAUAGUCGUUAACUUCCAUCAUUCGUUAAUGCCUAUCGCUGUGAAAAUUGCGCUAAACUGCUUGCCUUCAAACCAGCAGACAUCUAAGGGUUUUAAAAGAUGUAGCACCUGUAAGCAAGAUUUUUCCUGAUUAAUUUCUACAUGGACAGGUCCCCCGCGACCUUAACGAAGGUAUAUUAAGGUAAUAAUCCUGAAGAAUGUUCUUGUCAGAAGGGGAUUUGUAGUUAAUAGGGCCAUUUAUACGAGGAAAAAUAAAACGCGUCUUACAUAAGACGCGAACUUUACCAUUUAUACGAGCAUGUCUUAUCUAAUAAGACGAGUCUUAGCUAAGCCGCGUCUUAUUUUAGACGAAAUGUGCCGUUUAUACGGAAAGUUCGUGUCUUAUUUAAGACGCGUCUUAUGUAAGACGCGUCUUAUUUUUCCUCGUAUAAAUGGCCCUAAUAUUUCAGACAAUUACAAGAUGAACUGAGUGGUCCGCAUCGCUGAAGCGACAAUUUCCAAAAUAGCACCAGCAGGAGUAAAAACGUAACAACAUAAACUAAGUUCAAAUAGUGCCGUAAAUGAAUUGUGCUUUAUUAUUUAAUUAAUUAGUGGGGCCGAGAAAAUGUCUGAAACAAAUAAUUCAAAUCAAGAAUCCCAACUGCCCGGAGGCAAGCUAGUUGGCUAUUUACAAGCGUCAUCGAGAAUUUGAACUCGGGACCACUGAGAACAAAUCCAGGGAGAGAUCAGGGCGGGUCUUGAAUUCGGGGCGUCCGAAUUACACUGAGUCCAUUGCGCUCUAACCGUUUGGCCACACUGCCUCCGACUUUCAGUCUUGGGAAAGAUAACAGUUAAUUAUUACUUGUUCAAACUAUUUCUCAGUUUCUGAGAAAUAGUUUCUGAGGGACUUUAAGCAAGGACUGUGGGAACGUACAGCACGUCUAGGCGUCAAUGCCUCUAGUAGAAAGUUUUACAUACCCCAAUGGCGACGCUUAAAAAGUGAAUUUGCUUUCUUUCAAUCUUUAUCGUGAUUAUUUUAACCCGCUUACAUUGUCAAUUAAAAGCUCCUGAAGCGCUGCUGAAGCUGAAGUCAUGCAGCGACCCCCCGUGGCAGAGAAUGAAAAAAAAAAAAGUGGGAUACAAAAAGUGUAAUGCAUGUGCAACGUUUUGCUUGUGUUUUACCAGCCCCAUUCGCACCACUUUCGAAAUUUCGAGUUCUCCUCCCGCGCUGUCUAAAAACUAGCCAAAAAAACUAACCGGCGUCUGCCACACAGGUCAGCUAUCGCCAGAAAAAGGCACGGGAACCAAGGAGCCGUUGGGGAGAGGUUGAGUUUGCUCAGCUGUUUUGAUAAACUUGCAGAAAAUGGCUGAAAAUUUCACACGUUUUGCGAGGAAGAAAUUACCGAACUAUCGCCUAAAACUGACAUAGCAAGAACAGAAAAAAAUACAACUCGGCGGAUAACAAUUUGUAGAAUAUCGACUAGACAAAACAUCUCUUUAUAUCCCGGAUUUUCCAAGGAACAGGCGAAUAAAGACGGGAACUUUACAUCAAUCGAGGUAGGGUGUAUUUCUGGAGAUAACGCCCUCCUCGAACGACAUAAUUCUUCAGAACGUGUAUACGAAAGCCGAAUACAGUAACUGCUAAUUAAUCACAUGUUAUUCUUUUCUCGAUAGCACGUCAAAAUGUUAACAUAGCUUUAGUAGAAGGGAGUGAAGUGAUCAACAAGGUGUCAGAAAAAGUGUAUUCAUCGUGGAAAAGACUUGCAAGAGAGCUCGAGCUCAGAGCUGGACAAAUUGACAACAUAUCAGAGGAGGAACAAAAUGACGAGGAACGCUGCCAUAGAACUUUGCGAACAUGGUGUCAGCUAAACGGAAGGAAUGGCACUAUUAGAAAACUCAUGAUCUCGCUGACAAAAAUAGGAAAGGCAGAAGUGAACUAUGACAUCAUGAGAUGUUUGCAUCUUUUGGGGCCAGAUUGAUUGGCCAUGAAGCUCUCGUUUAAUUCUACUUUUGGAUACUGGAUCACGGUAUUGUCAAGGAUUCGUUAACUACGAACUUAACCUGAUGUUCAGGUCGUUAAUGUGAUGAUGGCAGUUAGCUGUCAAUUCAAAGCCUACCACAAAGCUUCUCAAAUCCAGUGGUUUAAGCUCAGGCAACUCAGACCUAGUGUGUGUCCAUCAUCAGGGCUAUGGCACUUAACAAAGUGUUAGGAUACGACAAGAUCACUGUGCGGGCCAAGUUAUCAAGGAUAGCCUACUAGCUAUUCUGCCUGCUGUUACAGAUGUCGUAAAUACCUUCUUUGAGUCGAGCGUUUUCCCGAACCUGUGGAAAAUUGCCGAAGUUCUACUCAUGCAUAAGGACAGUGAUCAUGAAUUACCUUAGCCUGUGAACAGGCUCUCUGUUAGUGAAAAGGGUGAAAAAAUUGCGAAGAGAGGGAAGGGA